AUGACCCGACAGUCAUACAAGCUCAAAGAGACAAAGAACAUGGAACGAAAGUCUCCUUCUCCAUCCCCACGAGAUCUUGACCAGCUCACCCGGCAAGCAUCCAGACUGAAGGAAGCAGAACAGCGGCGCACCGGCAAGGAGGAGAAGAUUCAGAGGAUUGCUGCAAACAGUAUAUCUCCACAGAAUGUCUGUGAGGGAGAUUUUCUCAACGUAAAUGGAGAUUUACCGGAAAAGGCUGUGAAGUUCACCUACAACCGGGAGACAGAGCAAUGGGUUGCAAGCAGAGCGUACGUGACUUUGUCGGAGGAACCGUUCUGCAUGGGGUCGAUGCGGGUAGGAUUUCUAAUGUCAGAAAAGCUUCCUGAUGGUGUCAGGGUCACCUCAGUCGCCAAACUCUUCAAGGAAGAACAACCUGUGCAGGCGUACUUCCACAAAGCGAUGUCGCAACUGCUGGCUAAGGACUUUGCGGAAGAAUUCGACAAGGAGCGAGCGAGCCAUGGAAGGCUUGAAUUCAUCCCCGUCACCAUCUACAAGCUCUGCGAAAGAGACGAUCAGCUCGUCUGUGUCGAGCCGCUCAUAGCCGGCAAGUUCAAGCCCAUCACUACUGCUGGCGAAGAGCUCCUCGAAGCGUUCUCGCACUACACUUGGAACGCGUCGGAGCAGCGGAUACUAGUGUUCGGGAUGAAGGGAGUUGCAGGUUGCUACACCAGCCCCCAGGUGCACUCGGCAGACGGGGAGGGGUUUGGAAGGGAGAACCUGGGAAUGGAGGGCAUCAAGAAGUUUCUCAAGCAACACUCGUGCAACGCAUUCUGCAUGACCCCUCGCCUUGCAGAUUCAGGAUCUGACAGCGGAAGUGACAGUGGGCGAAGCAAAGGAUCGGAAGGUUGCUACAGCGCCAACUUCAGCACCCAAGGGGCCCAAGGGCCCGUUUGCUUCUACUUCCGACGUUCACAACUCAUCCACGCUCAACCGCACGACAGUUCCGAGGUCGCUCUCAGACUCGGAGCUUGCUGA